AUGUCAUUCAUGUCAAUUGCUUUAUUCUUCCUUUUCAUUCUCCACUGUCUAUCAUCUGUGGAACUACAUUCGAUAACUAUUACUCGUUUCCCCUCCAUCCGAACUUUCGACCUCGAUGGCCGAGUAACGGUCUCAGGAGUUGAGAUCCGCUUUUCUGAUCCGAAAUUAAGACAUGUUCAUGCAAUUUAUGGCAUCCGUUAUGCUUCACUAGGUGGGGAAGAAUCUUAUUUUGAUGUCAGUAGUACAAGAGCCGAGUCGGAAUUUCCAGAGUUGAGUGAGCCUGUCCAACCAGCUGCUAAAAGACGAUUUAUGCACUCGGUGGCUGCCUUUAUAUAUGAGACACCCGCCCGUGGUCAUUUGCAGAAAACAAGCGCACCUCCUGAGUGUCCACAGCCACGGGGACCUAGCAGAAAAACCCGAGAGAGUUCCAAUAGUGACUGGACAGCAAGGACUGCUUCCGUACGCCAACUUCUCCAACCGACAUCUCAAAAGGAGGAUUGCUUGACUCUUAACAUAUUUGUUCCUGAAUCACAUUCAGAUGGCUCCGUUGAACCUGCCUUCCCGGUAUUAAUUUUUGUCCACGGUGACUCAUACGAACAUGGUUCUGGAAAUGGCUAUGACUUCAGCCUCUUUUCAAGUCUUGGAGGGUCAAUCGUGGUAACCCUCAAUUAUCGGCUUGGGCUUUUGGGAUUCCUCUCAGACAGCAGUGCCGGUUCAACAAGAGGCAAUUUCGCUCUCUUCGACCUACAAGCCGCGAUACAGUGGGUCUACUCAAACAUUCAUCGUUUUGGUGGUGAUCCCGAGGGUAUUACUUUAAUGGGUCAUUCCCAUGGAGCUGCCCUAGUUCAUCUUUUCGCCACGUCAAUGCUUUCAAUCGGGCCGAAUUACUACGGAAUAAAGCGGAUAAUUUUGUUUGACGGUUCUGCUGAGGCCCCAUGGGCAACAGGCACAUGUGACACUGACAUCAAGUCUCUACUUGAAGCAAGCCUCAAUGUUCCACAAUCCACCUCCUCUACUGUCUUUGAUCUACUUCAGGAACUGUCCGUGUCGUCCAUUUUGGAAAUUCAGAGAAACCUUUCCAAGAUGGGGUUGGAAAAAUGUUUCUCUCCGCUGCCUAUCAAACAACAGAUUGUCACAGAGAAACCGACGCUCUUUAGCCGAGCGAGUCUAAUCUAUGGGCAAACGGAAUUCGCUGGAUCAUCGUUCUCCCAUAGCAAGGGAAUUGAAGACAAUAUAGACCAAUUCACUCCUGAGUUGAAUUAUCUAAUGGAGCAUGUGUUCCGCGUGCCCCCACAUCCACUCACUGAUCUGCUGAAGUAUGUCUAUGAGCAAUCGAAUAUAUGGAUUGAAAAUAACGGCGAUAAUACCGAAAAGAAUAAGGUGAAUAAUGUUUAUUUAUAUAAAAUGGCAGGCUUUGUGAUAGUUGUCAUUAGCCCUUUAGUUGACUUCGGGGUUCACAGAGAGGAGGAACAUGCAAAGUUGCAAAAUGUCCAGGGGGAAGGGGAAGAGAAAAGUGAUUCAUAA